AUGGAGACAGAAAGCAUAAACCGGAUAGAGCACGAGCUUGCAUUUGACAGCGAAGACCUGCUUAACUCUCUUUCAAUUACAGCCACAACUCCGCCCGCCCACCGAGUAUCAUAUAUGACAGUUCCUGAGAUGCCAGAAGUUCUAAAAAACAGGGUUAUUCGCACAAACAGGUGCUUCAGCACGAAAGUGUGCAUGCUUGACUCGAGCGGGUCUCUCCUUCUUUCAGCAAGCGACUCCGUGUUUGCGUGGAAAAUACGGACUCCCGAGGGGCACACUGUGGGCAAGCUCCGCAGAAACAUCAUAGGAACAAAGUAUCUCCUUCGCCCAGUUAAGCAAGGAAGCACGGGCUGCUUCAUAAAGUACCACGACCUCUACUCCAGCGCCGGCCCGAGGAUGUUUAGCGUCUACGUUGACCCUCUGGAUACGCCGCACAAGAAGAGCCUGCAGGAAAGAGUCCAGAAGAACACGUGCGAGUACGUUAAAAUGGUGAAUAAGCCGCCGCAGUUCAACCACGAAACAAACUCGUACGUCCUGAACUUCGACGGGCGAGUCACCAUGCCCUCCACCAGAAACUUCCAAAUAAUACACCCGAAAGACACUUCGUACAUAAGCAUGACAUUCGGGAAAGUGGCAGAGAACGAGUACAUUCUGGACUAUGCGUAUCCCUGGUGUGCGCUAGAUGCAUUUUCUGUUGCUUUGUCCUCGUUCCCGUCUAAGUUCUGGCUGGAGUAG